AAUAUUUUGGUGUUUGUACACAAAUCGUACGUCAUAUAUUUUUCAGCCUUAUUAUCAUAACUCAAACCAGUUGUUGGCCUGAAUGUACUAAUCGCUCUCGAGAUCAGAAGUGGCCAUUAAAAGAAAAGAAGAAGAAGAAUCAUAACAAUCACACGGAUUACAAACAACAAUUACAUCAUUAUUAUACGAUAUAUUAACUAUAUAUUACGUGGCAGAAUUCUAACAAGUAGCGAGGGAUGAUACGGUGGACGAAACGGUCCUUUGUAAAAGCAAAGAAGAGUAUUUUUUAAUCAUAACCAUUGUCUCUUACGUGCACGUGCAUUUAAAUUCAACAAUACUACUGCUGAAGUUUACAAACGGAUGUAUAUACGAAUACAUAUACAAACAUCGGUACGUAUGUCUGUCGUCCUCGACCGCUGCCGAUUCUCGGCAGCACGCAAGUCACAGGUAGGGCACACACUCGGCUACAUACGAGUAUCUCAUCUACGACGAAAAAGAGCUCGCGUGCGCGUGAGAGACUCCGACAUUGUCAAUUGUCACGCGCGACAGUCCAUCGUGUCGUUUAUCGCGUCAACCGGCAUACAAUUGAUUGCUAUAAAAUUGGCGAAAGAGAUUUCGACGCAUUUCUCUGAUGCGUGUCUGACGAUUCGAAUGUAAAACAUUGUAUUUGUCGCAACCUCAAAAACCUCAGAAAAUACGAGAGACCUGAAGGAAACGAGCGUGUAAAGGAAAUUCUAAAUCUUUCUCAGGAUAUAUAAUGCGCGAACUAACAAUUCAAUUAGUUUCGUUGCAUGAACUAUAAUAACUAACAUCUCAUGCGAUAUCGAAGAGACGCGUAACAUAACGAUCGUCCCAAAAUAAUUUAGGACCUAAUACAAAAGCUGUUGCAUCUUUAUUUCUUCUUCUACGAGCGAUACGAUAGUCUCAUCGCGAUAUCGAAGAACGAGCGAAUCUUGGGAUAUUGCGCGCUCGAAUUUUGAAAGAGCUGUGGAAUAUAGUACGUUAGAAUCGCGUAAGAAUGCGCGCUCGAAUUCUGAAAGAGCUGUGGAAUAUAGUACGUUAGAAUCGCAUAAGAAUGCGCGCUCGAAUUCUGAAAGAGCUGUGGAAUAUAUUACGUUAGAAUCGCGUAAGAAUAUAUCUCAAUUAAGAAUAUGGAAGAGAUAAAAGUACCAAACCUGGGGCAAGCCGCAUGUUCUAUGGCGACUAAUUUCUUGGCGCCUGUGAAGACUGAGCGCCAAAUUUAUGAAAACUCGAUGCUCGAGGAUGAUCCUAAUGCCAAUUCGGUAGUACCGACGUCGCAGGAAGAUAAGACAGUGCCUAGGUGGGGUCCAAAUCACAGAGGUGCCCAGGAACUUGCGAAUCUGUAUAGUACCGGGAAGAGAACACAAGAGUGCAUUUGUGUUGGGAUUUGUAUCACACUCAUAGCGGUCAACUCUGUACUUGUGCUCAUCAGAUUACGAUUGGAAAAUUUAACUUCCAUAGCAAUAGCUGCAUUAUGCGGAAUUAUCACGGCCGAUUUUGGAUCCGGUCUGGUUCACUGGGCCGCAGAUACCUGGGGAUCCAUUGAGCUUCCGAUUCUGGGGAAGAAUUUUUUAAGACCAUUUCGUGAACAUCAUAUAGAUCCUACCAGCAUAACGAGACACGAUUUCAUAGAGACCAACGGCGAUAAUUUUAUGGUCGCGAUACCAGUAUUGUCCAAGCUCACGUGGGAUUUUCUGACAUUGCCCGAAGUAGAAAUGCAACAGAAAUUUGUUUGGACGUGCUAUUGGUUCUUGCUUGCUAUUUUUGUAGCAAUGACUAAUCAGAUACAUAAAUGGUCGCAUACAUAUUUCGGAUUACCUACUUGGGUUAUUUGGCUUCAAGAACACAGGAUUAUUCUACCAAGAAAGCAUCAUCGAGUGCAUCAUGUCGCGCCUCAUGAGACUUACUUUUGCAUUACUACAGGAUGGUUGAAUUGGCCUUUAGAAAAACUCCAAUUUUGGUGCAUUUUGGAGGUGAUAAUUGAAAGGACUACCGGUUGUAAACCCAGAGCAGACGAUCUAAAAUGGGCACAAAAACGUUCUUGAGAAUUAAUAAUUACUCUCUUUUCACUAUUGUACAUUUUAUUGUACGAUCAAGGUAUUUAACAUACAGCCAAAUAUCGAAAAGAAACUCAAACAUCGAACUAUGAAAUAGAAAUUAAGUGAAAAGUUUGUACGGGCAAUAGUAAAAGAUUUGUAUACAUGGAA